CGGAGCGCAACUGAUCUCUCUUUCACGUUCCCUCGGUCUUUGUGAUUGUUCGUAGUUUUUAUUUUUUAUCGACACUAGCGUGACUUGCACGUUCGCGAUGGAUGUGACGGACGACGCGGUGGUGCCACAGAAAAAUGACAUUGACGACGAGGAGCGAAAUGACGUGCAGUUGAUCUAUGACGAGCCAACUGUGGAGGUCACUUACGAUGAACCUGUCUUUACCGAGACCGAUGACGAUAUCACCAUGACCACCACAAGGCGGAAAGUCACCAGGACCAAGUAUCGGAUCCAAGAGACUUCUGCCUCCACUAAAAAAUCCACCAUGACAACGGCAGCCAAGCUUUAUGGUAAGGACCUCAGUGAGUAUGAUGAUGUGGAUGUUGACGAACUCCUAGCACAACUUACUCCAGAGGAAAUCAACAUUCUUGCAAAAGAAGUUGAUCCAGAUGACAGCUUUAUGCCUCCAUCUCAGCGCUGUAGUUACGAAUGUACGAAGAGUCCAACGGGACCACUCAAUCGCAAAAAGUUGAUUGAGCACAUUAACAAACAAGCAUUAGAAACACCUGAUAUCCCUGAAUUGAAACCUUAUGUGCCUGGUACAGUUCGAGGGAAAAAGUGGGUGCCUCCAGUAAGAGAAAAUUUGAAAGAAAAAGAAGCAGACGAACAAAUUGCUAUUGAUCUUGGUGAUGAAUAUGAACAAGCUUUAACAAAUGCAUCUGAAGAUGAAAUUAUUGAUUUAGCAGCUAUCCUUGGCUUCCAUUCAAUGAUGAAUCAAGAUCAAUAUCAUGCAUCUCUGCUAAACUCUGGACAACCUCUUGGAUUGGGAUGGGAUGGCAUUACAAAAGCUAGUCAGCCAAAAGCUUUCCCUAUUGAUCCACCUAAUGACACGGAUGUUGACGAUACCAUUCGACGAGCUCGGGAAGAUGAUUCCAAUCUGGUUGAUCUUAAUUGGAAUAAUAUUAAGAGUAUUUCCGACGAAAAGUUCUUCCAACUAUUCGAAGCCUUGGAAAACAAUACACACCUCGAGACCCUGAGCUUAACGAACACGGGGCUCACAGACAAGACUGCGCAGAGAUUGGCAGAAGCCAUAGAAAAGAAUUCUACUCUACGAGUUCUUAAUGUCGAAACAAAUUUUAUAAGCCCGCCUGUGAUAGUGAAGCUCGUCCGAGCCCUUCUCAACACAAAAUCCAUUGAAGAGUUUAGAUGUUCGAACCAGAGGUCUCAAGUAUUGGGAAACAAAAUCGAAAUGGAAAUAACGCAAUUAGUGGAGCAGAAUCCCUCGUUGCUGCGACUUGGUUUACACUUGGAAUUCAAUGAUGCAAGACAUCGAGUGGCAGCGCAUCUUCAGCGAAAUAUCGAUAGGAUACGGAAAGACCUAACGUUGCGACUGCAGUUCCGAUUCUUUAACAUGAACCACAGGAAACCCGCCCUCAUUAAGUGAAAGUACGGCAGUCCCGGCUCGGGGUGGCAGCAUCCUAAUUGCAAUUGUGGCCCGUCUCUGCCUCGCCUAGGUGUAUUUGUAAAACGUACGGAGAGGAUGAAAAAAACAAACAGACGACCUAUAAAAAAUAAAGAAAAAACAAGAACUUCAUUACUCUAGACACUCCUAAUGCACCGCUGUAUAUACUCAAAGUCUUAGGCACACAUAAACAUAUAUAUACAUAUAUAUACACAUAUAUGUAUGUAUGUAUAUAUAGAUAUAUACACAUACACACAAGAAGAGGAAAGACAAAAAAAUAACAAAAGGAAUUAGAAAAAAAACUUAAAAAAAAACAAAUAACGAAAUAAUGAUAUAUACAUGAUUGUAUCAGCCUACUACUAUGAUCAUCAUUAACUUUUAUCUUAUUUAACGAUUAUACGGCAAUUUACGCGCGCGCUUUGCAUCGAUCGAACGCUAUAGUAUAUAUUUUGCGAGAGGAUGUAUUAUGCUCACAUAUAUGUAGAGUCAAAGCUGCCUUCUUUGCGUAUACACGACGACAGUAAUAAGACUUGAUUGCGAUGUAAUCCACCUGAUCGUCGUUAGAUUUUUUUAGAAUACUCGAAUGACAUCGAUGUGCAAUUUUAAAAUGCGUUUUAUUCUUUGAAUGAAGCAAUGAUUUCAAAAAACUGCACGUUCUGAUUGAAAUUUUAAAUUUAGCACGAGAUGGUAACAUUUUAAGAAGCACAUAAAUGAACUAUUAUAAUGUCGAACAGUCGAUAGGAUUCAUCUUUGACUCGAAUCAACGAAAUUCACAAACAUAAAGAGAACUGUAUGGCAUCGAGAAAGAGAGCUAGUCAAUAACUUGUGUAUUGUCAAAAAAAAAUGUGGAAGCACUGCUCCGUCCUUGAGUGUCUAUCAAUUGUGUAUUGUGUGCAUUCUCCCGUUGUGUCUGCGUAUCGUCGAUCGUCAAGGAGCUUGCGAUGUAUUCGUCGAUUUAAAGAAUAGCAAAACAAAAACAAUUUUUUUUCCAUGUCUGUACAUUUUGCAUAUCUGUUAAUUUUUUUUCUUUCUUGGAAUUUACUUUCGGUAGCGACGUCAAGGAAGAAAUGAGAAAAAUUAAAAAAAAAAAGGAAGUAAUUAAUUGUCGUAUAAUAUUAAUCAGGCUACUCUACUCAAGCUACAUGUGCACAAGAAAAAAAAAAUUGUUAAGUCGCUGACGCUCUGAAUGUAAAGUUGAAAGUUGAUCAAAUUAUUGUAAAAAACAAUCGCCAUUACUAAUAUUAGCUUAUACGAUUAUUAAUUUUAAUUACGGAUAUAAGUGCAUGCUUGUAACUUGCGUUUCUUGAUUUUAUAUAAGUCGAAGUACUGUAAUAUGUUACGUUAUUAUUUUUAUUGUAAUUGUAUGAUAAUUAUUACUAUUAUAAUUAUAAUUAUUCAAUGCGAAUAAGAAUUGUCUAUACGUCUUUACUUUACAUAUUGCGUGAAGAUUAUUAUUAUAAUUUCAUGAUGAGGAGAACAUUUUAUAACACUUUUGUCGCAGAAUAAACGUAUACGUUGUCUAUGUCCCGUAGAUUAUUUGUCGUUCAUUUCUCUUUUUAUCCACACGCUGACAAAUACUUCUUUUGUCUCCUAAGCAAUAGCACAUCACUUCAUUCAUAAUUUUGCAGAAAAAAGAAAAGAAAAAAAUUAUGACUAACCAAAGCUAUUGUAUAAAUUAUUAGACUUCACUGUAUGUAUGAUUUCGUCAAAGUUUCUCAAAUAUAUAGAAAAAAAUC